GGGCAAAGUAGGAAGACUGCGGCGAUGGCUCCGAGUGCGGAAGGCGGAGAGGGGAGCCUCGGCCGGGGUGUCCGGAAGGGCAUCCGGGCUGUGCUGUUGGGGCCGCCCGGGGCCGGGAAGGGAACCCAGGCUCCCCGGCUCACUGAAGCAUACUGCGUGUGUCACUUGGCAACGGGGGACAUGCUGAGGGCCAUGGUAGCCUCGGGUUCAGAGCUGGGGAAGAGGCUGAAGGAGACGAUGGAUGCCGGCAAGCUGGUGAGCGACGAGAUGGUGGUGGAGCUGAUUGAAAAAAACCUGGAAGCCCCUCCCUGCAGAAACGGCUUCCUUUUGGAUGGCUUUCCCCGCACGGUGCGGCAAGCAGAAAUGCUCGACGAGCUCAUGGAGAAAAGGAAAGAGAAUCUAGAUUCCGUCAUUGAAUUCAGCAUUGCCGACUCCUUACUCAUUCGGAGAAUCACAGGACGGUUGAUCCAUCCAGCAAGUGGCCGCUCGUACCACGAGGAAUUCAAUCCUCCUAAACUCCACAUGAAGGAUGAUGUGACUGGAGAGGCCCUGAUCCGCCGCUCAGAUGACAAUGAAGUCGCUUUGAAAGCUCGGCUGAAGUCCUACCACACCCAGACGGCCCCACUGGUCGAGUACUACACCCGACGUGGGAUCCACACAGCAGUGGAUGCUUCCCAGUCCCCCGACGUGGUGUUUGCCAGCAUCUUGGCAGCUUUCUCAAAAGCCACAUGUAAAGACCUCGUUAUGUUUGUUUAGGACUCUUCUCGCGUCUGGCGCUUCCCUUCUUUCCUGUCUUCUUGGGUCAGCAGGAGGG